GGUACAAUUGUACUGGAGACAAGCAGUGUAUUUGGGGAAUUGAUAGAAAAUAAACCUGAAUGGAUCCCUUUUCCCUGAAACUGAUUUAAAAAUUGGCAGAAUGAUGGCUUCUCUGUAAAAUAAGAUUACGUCUGAUCAUUUGCCUGCACCAUUAUAAUGAAAGCUUCCUUUUUUCAGGUAAAUAGGCUGUCAGUGGUAGUUUUUUCAAUUUAAUGAUGGCCUAUUAUCUCAACUCUGCACAUGUCUCUUUACUGAAAGAGCGACAACUGUUUGUGUUAUCUUUAACAUUCAGUCAGCAUGAAGUCAAGGGUUAACAUUUUAAUAGGUUGCCCAGUGAUGCAGGCAAGUGUUUAGAUGGUUUUCAUGAGGACUAUUAAAAUCUUGUAUGUUCUCUGAGGCUGUAAUUCAUCAAUAUGUUCUAAUCAAUUGUUGCCAGUGUAUUUGUAAUCCUGGUUUGCACAGGAGCAUAUUGUAGAUUGGUGUCAGUCUGGAUUGUGGUUGUACAUGGAGCUCUGCUCCUUUGAAAGUUAUUUUAAACCAGUGAGAUUCAAAGGCAGUCCACAAUGAGAUUUCUCCUUUUUUUUGUGUUGGCAUUCACAAAUCUUCGAGUCAAAGCGGGUCCUUGCUUAGAAGAACAGCUGGGCUUCCGAAGAAGUUGUUAUGAGAUCGUUCGGCUGCCGCACGGCUUCCAGGAUGCGGAGAGCUGGUGUGAGCGAGGAGGGGGUCACCUCGCUUUCAUCUUGGACGAGGAGACUCGGGAGUUCUUGUUGGGCCAACUGGAAGUGGAAAAAGACUGGUGGAUCGGGCUAGCUCCCUGGAAACAGAACUUAACACAGGAUGAAGUGACUACGGAAGGUGAGAAUUCUCACUACAUUUUCCAUCGUUUUAACAUGGUCCAAGAUCAAGCUGUCUCAUGGGAGACAGUGGGCAUUCAGUUCAGAUGUGGAACGCUGGCCUGGCUGGAUGGAACAAGUGUGAUGUAUGAUAACUGGGCCCCAGGACACCAGCCUUCUCCAACAGCAACUUGUGCUCACCUUCUCCAGAACUCCAUGCACCAUUGGAUGAGUACAGACAACUGCAGCCAAGAACUUCACUUCAUUUGUGAAUACGAGUCGGGCCGAGCUUUUGCCUGUGAUCUCUUCAAUGCCACGCUGCAGUGCGAAUCUGGGGAGGUGAUUCAAAUAGGCGACAGUUUUUAUGGCCGCAAGUCUCCAUCUUACUGUCCCCCGGAGGAUGUAACCCCAACUGACCCUCAAGAAUGCGGCUGGAUCGAUGCAAGAGAGAAAGUGAAAGGUCAGUGCCACGGACUACAGGCUUGCCAAGUUAAAGCAGAUAAGACAUCCUUUGGUGAUCUUUGUCCAGGACUGGGCAACUAUCUUGUUGUAGACUACCAUUGCAAAGAAGGUCUCUAUUUGCUGGUUGAUGAUGUGUACAAAGUGCAAGAAAACAUCACUAUAUCUUACAAAUGGUUGCUGAAUCCAUAUUCUGGGAACCUCACCUGCACAGUCAACACUGGCGAUGGUGAUGUAAUCGAGCCCUACAAUCCAUUGGACUACUUCUGUAUUAAUGUAAGGAAGGCAGUUCCCUUGCAUUCACUGAUGAACAGAUACAUCAGUCUGAAGAGGGGCCCCGACCCAAAACAUCACCUGUCCAUUCCUCUACAGAUGCUGUUUGGUCUGUUGAGUUACUCCACCAUUUACUCCAGCACUUUGUGUUUUGCUCAAGAUUCCAACAUCUGCAGUUCCUCCAUCUCCAUGGAUUUGAUCUAUUAUUUUCUCUUUUUUUUAAAAAGGUCUGUUACCAACAUAACUCACCAGUAUCAGGCUACAGGUCUCUUCACCAUCAGUGUUGAAUGCGCAACUAGUGAAUGGCAUGUGACAGCCCAGAAAAUGGUCUCAAUCCAACAGCCCAUCAGUGGUUUUGGAAUCAUCAAGUGCUUCAAUGCAAAUCAAACAGAAGAUUGCACCGUUCGAUAUGGAGAUCCACUAUGGAUUCAGCUUGUGGUUGAAGCAGGUACAGCUCAUCUUUUCAUGAGUACUGGUAUGAAUUUAAGUGAUUUUAUCCUUUGGUAUAAAUAUAUGUUUAAUGCUAUUAAAACUGUCCAAUUAAAUAAGCCGAGAGUAAUUGUUCAGGUUUCCGCUCUUGCAGGUACAAACGUAACCUAUGUUAUGUUAGCUGGAACAGUCACCCUUCAUACAGUCACGGCCGUCCAGGGAACUGUCCCUCAGAAUGUCACGAUGGACAAUGCCACACAAGGGCAGAUGGGCGCAGGUGCACACCAGAUAACCAUCCUCGCAAAGAACAACGUCACAGCUCGAGAGAUAUCUCGGAAUAUUACAGUUCAGUUUGUGGAACCAAUCAAGGGCUUGCAAGCUACGGUAAACUCUGCAGUUUUGGAGCUUGGGAGCGAUCUGGCGAUUAACAUCUCUGUGUCCCACGGAGCCCCAGUGGAGUUACAGUUUGAAUUCAUCGGUCCAAACGAGACCUUCUCUGAAUCCAUUGAGAAUCCUGAUGGCAAUGUGGGAGCCUACUGCCUUCCAAUGAACUCCGAAGGUGUGUUUCUGGUUCAGGGGAAAGCUGUCAAUGCUUUAUCUAGCAUCAGUUUUAAUGUUGGUAACAUCACUGUUGUGGCACGUACUUCAGCUCUGAAACCUUCAAGCAAUAAAACCAACGAUGGAGCUGACAUACCUUCACCACAAACUCAUCCAAAGACAGAAGCUGGUGAAACUCUCCAACUGGACUCUCUUCAAGCCAAGGUUACAGGUAGUCGUCUGGAGGCAGCAGAUCCAUUUUCUCAGCUGCUUCUGAGUGGGAGGAAGUCGAGGAACAAUGACGAGCAUGACUACAGUAAAAUGGCUUUCCAUUGGUCGUGUGGCAAAACGAACAGCACAGCCGAGAAAUGCCUGGUCCUCAACAAGGGGGGCAAAAGAGGAUUGGAUGUCAGAGUCAGAUGUGAGAACAACUGCAAUCCAGUUGAUCCUUCAGAAAAUGUGACAUUGACUGUCUCUUGUCAAGAAUGCAAGAAUUCAAUCAAAUAUAAUUGGUACAGGGUUAAACCUUCUAACUCUCAGGUCAACCUGCCUUCUGCUUGUAACAUCAAACAGCAAAGUAGUGCUUUGGAAUCAUUGGUAUUGAUGAAGGAGAAUACAGACACUCUGGUUUUGGGGAAAGAGGAAUUGGCUAAAACGAUAUUGGAAACUAUCCUAAACUAUGAUGCAUGGUGUUUUAUCUCAGGGAUAAGUGGCCAUGGAUGUUACAAAUACAAUGAUUACAUGGUUAGUAUGGUGCCUCCACUGCCAGUGCCAUCCUGCGAUGUUUCUCCUAAAGAAGGAUCAGCCGUCUCCACAGAAUUCAGCAUCAAAUGCACUGUUGCCUGUGGCUCAAACUCAUCCUGCAACUCGUCGGACCUUACCUACUGUUUCUUUUUGAAACCAGGUAAUAAUCAUUGGGCUCCCUCGAAAAAUACUCUAUGCUUAAAAAUUCGCAGUAGGCAGUGCUUUGCAGAUUACAUGGCUUUCGAUGUCUUUACAGAUUUUCCUUUACACUGUGGAUCACAGCCAAUACUGCCACCCACAUACCUACCACUGGGAGACUCAAAGAAUAAUGACCAGCUGAAUAUCAUAGUGACCGUCAGCGAUGGGUUGGGAUCCUCAACUAGCGUUAUCAUGGCGGUGAUGGUUCAUGGAUUCUCGGACAUCGGAGAGGAUAAAGAUUUGGCAACACUCUUCUCGGAAACCUUAAUGGAUCUAUCAGGGAAAAAGGCCAAUAGUUCUUCCCUAAUCCGACUGUUUGAAUCUGUCUCUUCUGUACUAAAUCAGGAGGCUGGUACAGGAGGCUCGGACAAAUUGGCUCUGACUGACAAGAAGCAGGUAUUUUCUUUCAAGGGAAAAAUAAAUAGAUUAAUCAUUGCGUUCUUAAGAGAAAUGAUGCUUUCGAACUUGGCCGUUGUGGAGGUUCCAUCAUUGCACAGAGUUCUUGAAGUUUCUGAAGUUCUAAAGCAGUUAACCGACUGGUCCAAUGAACUGACAUCCACAUCACAGUUGGAAGCCAGUGCAACCCUGCAGAACGUGGGCGCAUCAUUGCUGACCGUUGGUGAUGAGGAACCAGAGAAAAGGAUGGUUGCAACCAAAAUCCUAUUUAACGUGGUAAACAAUGUACUGGAAGCCCUAAUAGAAACUGAUGAACAGGACAGCACGGCCACCGAUACACAAAGAGUGGUAUCGGAGAUGUUACUGGACACCAUUAACCAUCUGCAGGUCGUGGCGUUAAAUGAGGCAGUAGCAGACGAUGAACCUAUUCUCAUGACGAUGCCUUCAGUUAGAAUGUACCUACAGAGAAUUUUCCAUUCUGUGUUGAUCAAGAGGGAAUGUUUAUCGGUUGGAGGAACAGCUGUUUCUUGUGUUUUCAGGCUCCCCGCUGAUAGCAUGGAAGGAAACUCGAUCCGUCUUUCAGAUCCGGCUCUGGUGAGCUUCACUCUGCCAGCAAUGCCCUGGCUGAGCUCAAGUGGCGACAUGGACUCAGUGGAUGUGAGGAUGGUGAGCUUUUCGGUGAACCCCUUCGCAUGGACGAGGAAGAAUGAGGUCUCUGGAGCAGUGAGCGGCCUGGUUCUGACAUCGUCGAAUGGCACUGUCCAUCCUGUCAGGGACCUGUUGGAGCACAUUGAGAUAAUACUUCCUCGAUAUGAUGUGACUCCUGAGAAUCGCACUGAAUUCAAGUUGGAAAACGAGCUGAGCACCAUGCAAGUGAAUGUUACUGCAGAGAGCGGUGCCCUUGGGUUUUAUCUGGAGACUGAGCAAGAUGUUCCACUGCUCCUCUACUUGAGCUAUGCCACUGAGCCUAAUGACACCAGUUUCCUAGUUUCCACACAGCUACCUAAUACAAAAUACACUGGAGCUGCAAGAUACACCUGGCUUGUUCCUCUUGAUGAGUUGAUGUAUGGAGCAGGUAUUUACUACUUAGCCGUGAAGCCUAUCCCGGAUCUAAACUCUUCACGACUGAUGAACACAACUGUGGCCUUCACGUCGUUUGUAUCCCAGUGCGUUUACUGGGAUGAAGUUAACAGCAACUGGAAUUCAUCUGGAUGUUUGGUGGGCCCUCUAACUACUCUCAACAGCACUCAAUGCUUGUGCAACCAUCUCACCUUCUUCAGCAGCUCCUUCUUUGUCAUGCCCAAUGUGGUGGAUGUCAGCAAGACAGUAGAACUUUUUGCCACCUUUGUGGAUAACCCGAUAGUUGUUACCACUGUUGCCUGCGUUUUUGGCCUCUAUAUCCUCGCUGUGGCUUGGGCGAGAAGCAAAGAUCAGCAAGAUGUGACCAAAGUGAAAAUAACACUGCUUGCUGAUAAUGACCCAUUUGCCCAGUAUCGUUACUUGGUGACGGUUUUUACAGGACAUCGUAGGGGAGCUGCUACCACUUCAAAGGUGACAAUAACGCUGCAUGGCUCGGAGCGAGAGAGUGACCCCCAUUUCCUUACAGACGUCGAGAAACCUAUCUUUGAGAGAGGAGGGGUUGACGGAUAUCUGCUAACAACCUUAUUCCCCCUUGGGGAUCUUCAGAGCAUUCGAUUGUGGCAUGACAACUCGGGAUCCAACCCAUCCUGGUAUGUCAAUCGUGUAACUGUGCUGGACUUGGAAACAGAUCAACGUUGGAGUUUCCUGUGUAACUCGUGGCUGGCUAUUGAUGUUGACGAUUGUCUUUUGGACAAAGUCUUUCCGGUGGCAACUGAGAUGGACCUGAAACGUUUUAGUAACCUGUUCUUCAUGAAGACAGCAAAGGAUUUCCGAGAUAGCCACAUCUGGUAUUCGGUGUUGAAUCGUCCACCAAGAAGUCCCUUCACCAGGGUGCAGCGAGUUUCAUGCUGUUUCUCUUUGCUACUUUGCACAAUGCUGACAAGCAUUAUAUUCUGGGGAGUACCGAAAGAUCCUGCCCAGCAAAAAAUGGACUUGGGGAAGAUUGAAUUCACCUGGCAGGAGGUGGUGAUAGGUUUUGAGAGCUCGCUGCUCAUGUUUCCCAUCAACCUCCUUAUUGUCCAGAUAUUCCGGAACAUCCGACCACGAACAAAGGGAAUGCAGGAAAAAAAGCAGGGCAAACACGGCCGAAUAUCACCUUCAUUGCCAGCCCCUCCCGCGAGUCUUCAAUCUUGCUCCCUCACACCAGAGGCUGUUAUAAAGAAUAUCCAAAGGAUUGCUAACUCCCUGACUAAAACACUGAAGAGCUCGCAACCAACACUGGAUAUGGAUUUGAAGAAAACAACUGAUAUCAAUAAACUUUUGGCAUUGGUUGAAAACAUAAUCAGAGAACAAAAUAAAGUCGAUGGUGAAUUUUAUCAUGAGGGUCGUAAGAAAGUGGAUACCCUCAUCCUCACCCUGGGAUCAGUUGAUUUGCAAGAACCGGUGGCUGGCCCCGACUCUGAGAAGGGUGUGACUGACAAACAGAGGCGUAGUGAUUACAAUCACCACCUCUACCUGCAGCUCCAACGUGUGGAAAGUGAGCUUGGAUUCCUGGGAUCGAGCAAAUUCGAGAACCCCCAGAGCUACACGCAAGCUGUCCACCAGGUGCAACACAUGAAGGAUCUUCUCCAAAAUGUUAACUCCUGCUCCAGUUCUGUUUCAGACAGUUUCUCUACUAUUCCUAGUCUUUCUGGAGACACUAAAAAGGGCCAUUGUUCCAAAGGGUUGCCCUGGUGGUUUGUCUUCAUUGGAUGGGGUUUAGUUGCAGCCUCCAGUGGUGUAUCUGCCUUCUUUACUAUGCUCUAUGGAUUACACUAUGGCAAAGACAGUUCGAUCAAGUGGCUCAUUUCCAUGGCUAUCUCCUUCUUUGAAAGUAUUCUGAUUACACAGCCUUUAAAGGUGCUGGGUUUUGCUGCUUUCUUUGCUCUGGUUUUGAAGAAGGUCGAACCUGAAGAUGAAGGAGAAAGCUCAAUUGACAGCCCCUUUUCCACUUCAGUGGUAGACCCGAGUGUUCUUCUGGCUGCUCGUAGGGACAGCAGCAGCAAUAUCUAUCAGCCACCACCUCAGAAGGAAGUGGAGCACAUGAAGAGGAAUCUUGUUAAAGAGCAGAAAGUGUUUGGCUUGAUCAAGGAGAUAUUGGCAUAUUUGGGAUUUAUGUGGAUGUUGCUGUUGGUUGCUUAUGGACAGCGAGAUUCAAAUUCCUAUUACCUCAACAAAGCCAUUCAAAACAGCUUCACCAGCGGAUUUGAUGACAUCUUGAGCUAUCAGUCUUUCUUCAAAUGGGCCAACAGUACACUUAUUUCAAACUUAUUUGGCUUCUACCCAGGAUUUGUCACUGACGGCAACUCGAAGCUGGUCGGAUCUGCCCGCAUUCGACAACUGAGGAUAAAGAACAUUGGCUGCCGCAUACCAGCAAAGCUGAGGAGCACCGUGGAAGAAUGUCAUGGCCAGUACUCUUUGGAUAAUGAGGAUAUGUCUGUCUAUGGUCUUCACUGGAACAUGACUGCCGUUCAGAACUCCUCAAGCCUGGAUUACAUCUGGCAAUACAAAAGCCAAAGUGAAUUGCGGAGUUAUCCCGUGUGGGGCAAACAUGCCAUGUACAGAGGCGGUGGCUACGUUGCAGAGUUGGGUGCAGAUGCACAGGAUGCUUACAGAGUCCUUCAAUACAUGUUUGAUAAUAGCUGGCUAGACACCUACACAAGAGCCAUCUUUGUGGAAUUCACAGUCUACAAUGCAAAUGUGAAUCUUUUCUGUAUUGCCACGUUAAUACUGGAAAGUAAUGCUGUGGGGCCUUUCUUUACGCACGCCGAUUUUCAGAGUAUCCGUCUCUAUCAGUACACUGAUGGGCUGCACAUUUUUGUUGUUGCUGCUGAAGUAGUUUACUUCCUCUUCCUCAUCUAUUACAUGGUGAUCCAGGGCAAACUAUUGAAGGAACAGAAAUGGAAUUAUUUCAAAAGUAAAUGGAAUCUUCUGGAAGCAGCCAUUAUAAUGAUCAGCUGGAGCGCACUUUCUAUAUUCAUAAAGAGAACAAUUCUGGGAAAGCGAGACAUUGAAUAUUACCAUAAUCAUCGAUCAGGGUUUGUGAGCUUCUAUGAGACUGCUAUGGCAGAUGCAGCAAUGGGUUACUUAAUUGCCUUCCUGGUUCUCCUGGCAACUAUUAAACUAUGGCAUCUGCUGCGACUUAACCCCAAGCUCAAUAUGAUUACAUCUACAUUAAGAAGGGCAUGGGGUGACAUCUCAGGCUUCCUGACUGUCAUUCUGAUCAUGUUCCUGGCCUACUCUAUUGCGACUAAUCUGAUGUUCGGUUGGACUAUGUCCUCUUAUAAAACCAUAUUUGAUGCUGCAGAGACAAUGAUAAGUCUUCAAAUGGGGAUCUUCAACUAUGAAGAGGUAUUGGACUACAAUCCAAUUCUAGGUUCAUUUCUGAUUGGCUCAUGCAUCAUCUUUAUGACAUUUGUGGUGCUGAACCUUUUCAUUUCAGUUAUACUUGUGGCAUUCAGUGAAGAGCAGAAGAAUUACAAGGCUUCUGAGGAAGAAGAAAUAGUUGAUCUGAUGCUGACAAAAGUAUGCAGCUUUUUGGGAAUCAAAUCUAAGAAGGAUUCCUCAAAGUCAAGGAGCUAACUGCUGUAAUCAUUUUGCAUUGCUAUCCAGCAGCAAAUACCGAUUUAUGUAAUAGUGUGCAGUUUGAUUUAAUAAAACAAUUUGUAGAUUUAUGAGUAUCUAUAUGGUAAUUAUAUGCUAUCCAUUAAUAUUUGGCUACAUGCAUGUGCCAUUGUCUUGUAUCAGUGUGUCUCAAUAAAGUAUAAUGAAACUAUAAUAACA